AUGCCACGACGCAAACGCGGCGAUAGUUCAGACGACGAUAGCAAUUUCGAUGAAGAUGAACUUUACGACGACAAUGAAGAAGAUAAGCCUUACUUUCCCAAAAAUGCGCUCAAACCUCCGAAUUCGACCACAUAUAGCGUCGAGCUGCUAUGGGCUUUGAUGGACGCCAACGACAUCGAUUUAGAGCCAGAAUAUCAGCGAGGAUUCGUCUGGACGGAGCCGAAACAAGUGGCCUUGAUCGAUUCUCUUAUGCUUAACUACUAUGUCCCACCCAUCAUCUUCCGUACUAUUCCUGGAAGUCACGAUUCGAAUGACAAGAUGAUAUGCAUAGAUGGAAAGCAACGUCUAACGUCGAUAAAACGCUUCCUUGACGGCGAGAUUUAUCACAGGGAUAAUAUGACUGGAAUCCGGUACUGGAGCCCUCGACUGCAGAGAGACCACCGGAAUUCUCGUGAUAAGACUUUACCACAUAAUAUUUAUUCCCAAUUCCUUCGGAAACAAAUUGUAUGCGUAGAGUACAGGGAGCUAAAUGAGCAACAAGAGCGCGAAAUCUUUAAUCGAGUCCAAAUGGGGAUGCCAUUGUCUGCCGCGGAAAAAAUGUCUGCUAUUCUAAGCGAUCGAGCGUUAUUCGUCCGAAAUCUUCAAAAGAAACUCACAGACUGGCCGGCCAAGGUCAAAAUGGCCGAGGAUCGAAAUCGGAUGUUUCAGUCUGUGGGCCACAUUGUCCGCGCUGUGGAGUCAUAUCCUAAAUUGACAUCAAUCACCAACGUCUCAUUGGAUAAAUGGCUGCGAGAGCCGGGAGAUCCAGCACCCGACUGUGAGGUCGCGUUUCCCACCUCCAUCGCCGUCAAACUUGCACCCAUCGAAUUCAUCUUUUCCGCACUCAUCGUUGAUCGGUUCAAAAGUGCACUCGACCUUUCCCAGCUUGCUAGAGCGAUCAGCGAUACCCGGAGAGAAAUACGAGAUCAGCAUGAGGAUAUCCGGAGUAACAAUCGUGUGGUGGCCUCUUUUCAACAGUACAUCUCUGGAGAGCUUGAACGUCGGGUCAAGACUGGAGUGUACUCAAAAGCUGGUCUUACUACGCCUUUGGUCAAGCGCAAGCGUUCCGUAGCGCAAGUUGACGACGGAGAGCCAGCUGACAUGGACCUGGAUAGUGCCGCGCAGCCGGCGUCUCGCAAGAAACGCGUCAACUUUGGCCAUGGGGAGAGCAUUGUAGCGCCACUCACACGACUCACUCCUGAAAUUUCUCGACCUGUCAUCACGCCGAAACUUCCAGACGAUCCCCCGACACCACUCUGGGAACUUAUCCUAGAGCAAUUCAAGGACCAACUAGUCCUCAUCCUCCUCGCCUCAGCCGUCAUCUCAUUUGUCCUCGCUCUUUUAGAAGAAAACGAUGGAAGCAUUUGGACUGCGUUUGUCGAGCCAAGUGUCAUCCUUUUGAUCCUGAUUGCCAAUGCAACCGUCGGUGUGAUCCAAGAAACAAAAGCAGAAAAGGCAAUCGACGCUCUCAAGGAGUAUUCGCCCUCAGAAGCCAAAGUUCUCCGCUCCGGAUUUUUUACUAAGCUCGACGCGACCGAACUCGUUCCAGGCGAUAUCGUCUCCAUCUCCGUCGGAGAUCGUGUACCGGCAGAUUGCAGACUAUUAUCCAUCUCGUCUAGCAGUUUUCGCGUCGACCAGGCCAUCCUCACCGGAGAAAGCGAGAGCGUCAGCAAGUCGACCGACAUUGUGCGCGACGAACGUGCCGUCAAGCAGGAUAUGACUAAUAUCGUGUUUUCUGGUACGACCGUCGUCAGUGGGAGGGCAACGGCUGUUGUUGUAAAUGUGGGCACUCGAACCGCCAUUGGCGACAUCCAUACGUCAAUCUCGGAUCAAAUCAGCCAAAAGACACCCCUCAAACAAAAGUUGGACGACUUUGGAGACAUGCUCGCAAAGGUCAUUUCUGUAAUUUGCAUCCUCGUCUGGCUGGUCAACCUGCGCAAUUUUUCUCAUCCUUCACACCAUGGAGUCUUGCGUGGUGCCAUCUACUACUUCAAGAUUGCCGUUGCGCUCGCUGUUGCUGCCAUUCCAGAGGGUUUGGCUGCCGUGAUUACUGCUUGCCUCGCCCUUGGGACGAAAAAGAUGGCUCAGAAGAAUGCAAUCGUCCGUAACCUCCCUAGCGUCGAGACGCUCGGCUGCACGAACGUUAUCUGCUCCGACAAGACCGGUACCCUGACCACCAACCAAAUGAGUGUCAACCACAUCGCCAUCCUAACUGCACAAAACGCAAUCGCAGAGUAUACAGUCGAAGGGACAACAUUUGGCCCACAAGGCAAUAUUCUCGAUGCCAACGGCAAAAAGCAUACGCUUACUGAGCCCUUUGUUCGAACUGCUGAGAUUUCGUCUAUUUGCAACGACUCGAAGAUUGUCUACAAUUCGGAGAAGGACCUGUACCAGAAUGUCGGAGAGCCCACAGAGGCAGCUCUCAAAGUCCUCGUCGAAAAGAUUGGCAAUUCUUGCCCACACCUUACUCAAUCACUCGCUACCUUGGACGCCCCACGUCGGGCCUCGGCUGUCAGCGACAAGUACGAGGCUGAUAUCAAGCGCUUACUCACUUUCGAGUUUUCAAGAGAUCGGAAGAUGAUGUCGGUCCUCGUCAAGCGUACCAACGGUAGCGGCGGUCUGUUUGUCAAGGGUGCUCCCGAAUCGGUCUUGGAGCGAUGCUCCUCAGUCCUUGUGGAUGGAGGCAUUAUCCCAAUGUCCCCAGUUCACCGUAGACUCGUCCUGGAUCGCUUGGCCGACUACAGUCAACGAGGGCUACGAACACUCGCCUUGGCCUAUGCAGAUAAGACGGACUUGGACGCGUCUCAUUAUUCUUCCAAGUCUACCUCCGAUUACUCUCGAUUCGAACAAAAGCUCACAUUCGUUUCGCUUGUCGGAAUGUUGGACCCCCCGCGACCAGAGGUUCGAGACGCAGUUGCAAAAUGCAAAGCGGCGGGGAUCCGCGUCAUUUGCAUCACGGGUGACAACAAGGGCACUGCGGAAGCAAUCUGUCGGCAGAUUGGCAUCCUAGAACCAAAGGAGAGUACAGCGGGAAAGAGCUACACAGGUCGAGAAUUUGAUGAGCUCAGUUUGGAACAAAAGCUCGAGGCUAUCAAAGUCGCCAACGUCUUUAGCAGGACAGAGCCUACCCACAAAUCUCAACUGGUUGAUUUGCUCCAGCAGCAAGGACUGGUUGUCGCCAUGACUGGCGACGGUGUAAACGAUGCACCUGCCUUGAAGAAGGCAGACAUCGGUGUAGCUAUGGGUAGUGGAACGGAUGUCGCCAAGCUCGCUGCCGAUAUGGUCCUUGCUGACUCCAACUUUGCCACGAUCGAGGGAGCCGUGGAGGAGGGACGUUUGAUUUAUAACAACACCAAGCAAUUUAUUCGCUAUCUUAUCUCCUCCAAUAUCGGCGAGGUCGUCAGCAUCUUUUUGACCGUCGUUCUUGGCAUGCCCGAGGCGUUAAUUCCGGUUCAACUCCUCUGGGUCAACUUGGUGACUGACAGUCUGCCGGCAACCGCUUUGGGCUUCAAUCCCGCCGAUCAUUACAUCAUGAAAGUGCCACCACGAGACAGUAGAGAACCGCUGGUUGGCAAAUGGCUAUUCUUCCGGUACAUGGUCAUUGGAACAUAUGUCGGAUGUGCGACCGUCUUUGGAUAUGCUUGGUGGUUCAUAUUCUACGAGGGUGGUCCGCAAAUCUCAUGGUAUCAACUCACUCAUUUCCAUAGCUGCGCUUCGCAGUUCCCAGAGAUUGGCUGCUCAAUGUUUACUAAUGAACUAUCCAAGACAGCCACCACGAUGAGUCUAUCCAUCCUCGUGGUGGUCGAAAUGUUCAACGCGAUGAACUCGCUUUCGGAAAACGAGAGCUUGCUUGUCCUACCUGUGUGGAAGAAUAUGUUCCUCGUCGCUGCUAUUACCCUCAGCAUGCUACUUCACAUCGGGAUACUGUACAUCCCAUUCUUCACCAAUUUGUUUGCUAUCACACCGUUGAACUGGACGGAGUGGAAGGCCGUUUUACUUAUUAGCGCUCCCGUCCUAUUCAUCGACGAGAGCCUCAAGUUCACCACAAGGAUGUUGGGUCUAUAA